AGGUUCCCUGAUUAAAAAAUAAAUUGAAGUGUAGGCAACAAAGGAGAUUAGGUUUUGCAACACCUUGGAUAAUUAUAAAAACAAGCCUUCUUUUAAAAUAUGCUGAUGUCUUUUGAAAAGAUAUUGUUAUGUCUUAAUGCUUUGUUAACAAAUAAAGGGAAAAUUGCAUUUUUCCAAUAAGUUGCUAUGCCAGAGCUGGGAUUUAAAAUUUAAGAUAUUAUUGAUUACUUUGUUUGCACAUUAGCUUCUAAGAAAAGGCAAUGUUCAGUACUACUGAAUAAUUUUCAACUAUUAGUCACGCUUAUAAGGGAAGAUUUGAAAAUCAAAUCUACACAUAUAUUUGGACCAUAAAUCUUUAGCCUAUAGUAGGAAGUUUCACAUAAACAUUUAAGAAUAAAUUAGGGAUUUGGCGAUAAGAUUUGAUUUCUAUCCUAGUAAAAUUAAGGUUUUACAGUGUCACAGAGCACAAAGCCUUCUGAUAUGUGUGUAUAAUAAGCGCUGUGGUGAUGUUCAUAGAGGGUAUUCCAUCUAUUAUCAGCAUAGUUAGUGAAGCAGCCUAUGAGACUGCAAUUACAAGCAAAUUAGCUGUACCCUUUUUUAAAGUACUGAAUAUGCUGCUUUUACAGUUUUUCAGUGAGUCUGAAAGGCCUAAAUUGCUGUUUCUGUUCCAAGGAUCUGUCCAGAGUGUGUGAGAUGUAGUAGAGAACUUACACAGAUGGCUAAAUGGGAAAGGUUAAUAUUGAACAGGAAAGGUAUAUAUUUCAGUUGUGUUUUCAUCUGAAAAAAUAAAUAUGCUUAGCAGCAUCAGUACAGUUCUUGACAUUAAACAAAAUGCAAGGGAAAGUUUAAAGGAAGUUAUAUGGUAGGUAGGUUUAUGGUAUAAAUGAAAAUUGGUAUGAAACGGAUAAUAUUUACACUGGUAAGCAAGGCUUAAAUGGACAGAGAAACCAGCUGUCCCACUUUGGUCAUAAGUGCCUCAUGUAUCUGUCACAUAAAAAAAAAAACAGGCUUUUAAUCAGUUUGAAAUUAAUGGAUUUAGAAAGUUUUUUAUAUACAUAUAUUCGGCUUUUUCAGGAGCCAGGCAGUUUACCGGUAUAGGAUAUAGUCACUAAAGGGAGUACAAAUACGCAUAACCGCAUAAAUCUGCAAAAAUGGAACAAAAAGAGGUGGGAUCAAAAAUAAAGACCCUGGUAUUAAUUUUGUGAUAACUUCUCAUGCACUAUGAUAGUUCAUGGAUAAUACAGAGUUUUAAAAUGACACAAUUGCAAAAAAUACGUAUAUUAGGAAUUGAUAAGCUGGGGAGAAAUUUUAAGAACUUUAUACUUUCCCCUUGCUUUACUUCAGAACAUAUCUUCCUGGUUAAGUCAGAGUGAGCAAAGAUAGUGGUCAAACAAAAUUGGGAGGUGUUAUCUCUUUGAGCCUCAGUAUGUUAGAGUUUGGAUAGUGUUAUACAGAUGCUGCAGGCUAGGAUGCUUUGCUUUAUAUUUUGAUACCUUAGCAUGGCUUAGUGAAAGCUUAUUUUAAGAUCACUAAGAUAUCUUCAGGAUAUAAAUUAGUGAAAAUGUAAAACAUGGGUGGGAGGUUACAGUUCAAGUUAGAUUUAUGCUUGAAUUAAGUAUUUAUAUUAAAAUUGUUCACAUUUUAGGAACUAGGGUGAACCAUGAAAGGGGAGGAGGGUGAAGAGUACGGUAAAAACAUUUAGAAAAAUUAGUGAAUUCUCUCUAAUUUUUAGAAACUAGACUUUUGAACAAUUUUAAAGAUUAUAAAAUUUUUUUGUUUGUUUUUUUUUAAUAAACUAGUUAUUUGCACUUUACCUGCUGGCUUUUCCAUUUGGUAGAUAACAUUCUGAACUCCAGCAGAGUUUUCUAAUCCCCACGUGCUUAAAUAUACUAAAUGUUCUUUUUCCAUUAAGGUUAAUGUUCGUGAAGAAAUUGAAGAGUUUUUUCCAAGAAUGUGGAAGAUAAAUCAAGAUAAAAGAAGGCUAAUGAAAAGUAUUAAAGAUCAGAAAAUUAAAAUUGAAUGGGGGAAAAAAUUGAACAGAAGAUUGGUCAGAUAGAAGCACUUGAAUAUUUUUUUAAGGCUAUUUUGAAUUGUUUGAAUUGGGGAAGAAUACACGAAGUAUGAAAAAUGAAAAACUCAAUGAAGAAUGAAGAGAAGUAGAAAGCAAGAGUGAAGUAGAAUUAAAAGAAUCUGGAAGAAUGAAUGGGUCCUAGGAGUCUCGCUCUCAGUCAAAAUCUCCAACGGGAACUCCUGCUCGAGUAAAAUCGGAGAGCAGGUCAGGAUCUCGUAGUCCAUCAAGGGUUUCCAAACAUUCUGAAUCCCAUUCUCGAUCAAGAUCAAAAUCCAGGUCGAGGUCAAGGAGGCAUUCUCAUAGACGUUACACUCGAUCCAGAUCCCAUUCUCACUCUCACAGGAGGCGGUCUCGGAGUAGGUCGUACACACCAGAGUACCGACGUCGAAGGAGCCGAAGUCAUUCUCCAAUGUCUAACCGGAGAAGACACACAGGCAGCAGGGCAAAUCCAGAUCCCAACACUUGUCUUGGAGUGUUUGGCCUCAGUUUGUACACAACAGAGAGGGAUCUUCGUGAAGUGUUUUCUCGAUAUGGACCAUUGAGUGGUGUCAAUGUGGUUUAUGAUCAGCGAACUGGACGAUCACGAGGAUUUGCUUUUGUGUAUUUUGAGAGAAUAGAUGACUCAAAAGAGGCUAUGGAAAGGGCAAAUGGAAUGGAGCUGGACGGUAGAAGAAUUCGUGUGGAUUAUUCUAUCACCAAGAGAGCACACACACCUACACCAGGCAUCUACAUGGGCAGACCAACUCAUAGUGGCGGUGGUGGCGGCGGAGGCGGUGGUGGAGGCGGCGGAGGUGGCAGGCGUCGAGAUUCUUACUAUGAUAGAGGAUAUGAGCGUGGCUACGACAGAUAUGAAGACUAUGAUUACCGGUACAGAAGAAGAUCGCCUUCUCCUUACUAUAGUCGCUACAGAUCACGAUCGAGAUCUCGUUCCUACAGCCCAAGACGCUACUGAUACAGAGAAUGGUUGCAGUUAAGGAUUUCUUUUUCUUUUUUUGUUUAAUUCCGGAUUUCCCUGCGCUAACCCUUCCUACUUCUU